UCGCCGUAACUGCGGUCCAUCGUGCACGUCGGAGAGGACCGCGCGCGUGCGAUUACACGUAACCUGCAUUGAGACGACGACGAAACGCAUUGUGCGUGCCGUGCAUCCGCGAAUUAUCCUAAAACGAUUCGUGUCGCGAAAUCAUCAACGAAAGCUAGAUUACGAUUCGAUCGAUCGCGGCGGGACCGGAUUACUUUGCCGACUAUCUAUCUCGCUCUUAUCUCUUCUUUUCAGCGGCCGGGGAUUGUUUUAUACCUCGGAAACCUGGGAGAACGAGCAGAGAUUCGACAUACGCGAGUUUGGCGGUGGAAUUACGACGGCCCUGAUGAAAUUUCGCGGUCGUGAACGCGAGUCAACGGCCUUAUCAUCGGCCACGUUCGGCCGCGUCGAAUCUCACCGUCACUUCCGAUCGCGCCAAUCUUUCGAAGAAGAGCAGAAAGCAUCUCUCGAAAUAUCCCCGAGUGACUUGUAGAAGAGAGGAAAGUGUGAAAAUCAAAACCCCCGCAUCGAAAGAGCGGAAGCUGCAGAGUAAAAGAAGUUACAAGCGGUGUGAAGUUACUCGAAUCUCAAUCGCCGAAGGGAGGAAGAAGAGGGAGAAAGAAGAAAGCGAAGUAAGCUGCAAUUCUGGAGCAAAUUCAAGGUACACAAUUGCGAGGGGGCAAGGAAUCUCGGAAUCCGAUCGCGCGCGGUGCAAAUCAGUGAACGGCCGCGCGUCUCGUGCUGCAGCGCGCAAGAAAGUGGGAGGAAGAAAGAGAGAGAAGAGAGAGAAGAAGGUGGGAGACGGGAGAAAGAGGGCGCCAGCCACGGAUACCGCGCGCCCGCGAGACUGACUGGACUGGACGUCGCGGAGUGUCGUGUCGCGUUGUGGGCGAAUUCCGCUGUCGUGCGCCGCCGGCUCGCUCUAGUCGCCGCGAGUGUGUCAGUGAGUUCGUAGACGCGAAACUAACCUAAUCCCGCGCCGCAUCAUUCGUGUCGUGUAUCAGUGUGUGCGUGCGUGCGUGCGUGCGUGCGUUCGUUUCGUUACGUUACGUUUGAUUCGCGAAUUCCUCGUCCUACGCGUAUAUCGGUUUCGUCAUCGCGGCGACCGAUCGAUCGGUCCAAUUUCGACGGUCUCUCUUCCCGUGGGCGGACUCGACUCGAAUUUUUGUUUUCGUCGUUAUAGAAGAGUGAAGAAAUCGGAAGAGCCGAAGAAGAUCGGCUGCGCUUUUUCGUGUCACGCCCGUCGAACUGUCACGUGACACGCUCGCGCGCGCGCGCGCGCGUGCAAACUUUGUUCAAUUGUGAUUCUUCUCAGCGGAGGACACAAUAACAUUGCGUUUAGUGGACGUUCAAGUGCGACGAGGUACUCGAGGAGAGCAGCGGUCGUUCUAUGCGGCAAGAUGAUGGAGACACAGAAUUACUGGGAGGAGAGCUCCGCGCAUUCGAUGCAGGUGAAAUACGAGAGUCUGGAUGGUAGCUCCUGCAAGGACGAGAUAUACAGCAUGGGCAUAGGAGCUGGAUAUUGCGAGGGCAACCUGAACUUCGCCACGGCCUCGGAGGAUGACGAGGUUUAUACUAAGAAGAAGGUCUCCAGGCAAGAUCCGAUGUCACAUAGGAUCAUCGAAAAGCGUAGAAGAGAUCGCAUGAACAAUUGUCUGGCCGAUCUCAGUAGACUCAUACCAGCAGAAUAUUUGAAGAAGGGUCGAGGCAGAGUCGAGAAGACGGAGAUCAUCGAGAUGGCGAUCCGCCACAUGAAGCAUCUUCAAGGCCUUCGGCAAGACACCAAGCACUCGUCCGUGACACCGGUGCACACGCAUCCCGAGGAUAGCGUGGACAGCGUGUCCCAUUCGACCGCUGCGUCCACCGCGACGGAGCAUUACAGGCUGGGAUUUCAGGAGUGUCUGAACGAGACGAUGCACUUCCUCGAGGAGGUCGAGGGCUUCUUCGCGAGAGACACUCUCUGCGUACAGCUCUACAACCACUUGCAGCAGCACUGCGACAAGUUCUUAGCCAGUGAUCGAGUAGGCUUCCCGCAUCCCGAGCUGCCGGCGACGAAUGGCGCGAUGAACGGCGCUAGCUACGCUCAUGCGAGCCUCGCGAUGAUGUGCCAGCCCAAUGGCGGUCACUCGGACCACGGUUCUAGCUCGGGCAUGAGCUCGUUCGGCGACCCGGAGCGUCCGCUGCUGCGAUCAGUGAUCGUGCCCCCGCCAACGAUCGUGAGCGACGACAGUAACCACAGCACCCAUUCGCACAGCACGCCGCCCGGGACCGGCGCCGUCACCUGUCGGCCGACGAAUUACAAAUUCAAGAGCUCGAUUAAACAGAGGUUCUCGGCCGAGAGGGUCAAGACGUGCUCGUCGCCGGUGUCGAACAGCGUAGGUCUGGACAAACCGCCGUCCUCGUCGUCGCACGGGGUGCCGAUCUUCGCGCUGCACGACGCCGGUUCCUUCUACGUACCGUUGACAGUCGAGGCGUCCUUGAUCAGGCCCUACCUGAGCUUCAUCCCGGACACCGGGCCCGACAUCGUUCUUCAUCCGGUUACGAUAUCGGUUAAUUUUAAUCACUUGUCACCGCCAGCAUGGUCGCAACACCACAGCCCCGUUCAUCAGCAUCAGACAUAAGAGAGAAGCAUAAUAUUAAAUAAAACGGUUUGUCAUUUGAUUGUUCGUAUCUAUCGUAGACGAGAGACAUAUUCCCAGUUCUUUCGGUUGAUUUCUGAUAUUCGAUCCUUGAUGGAACACUGUACUAAUAGAAAAAUUCAGGCGAGUUCUUGGAUAGUAUGUCAUUAGACGUCGCGAUAAAAUCGAGAAUGAUCAUAAGGCCGUCCGUAGUGCUUGCGAGAAUCACAAGCAGCCCUCGUAGUUGCUCUAUUUUAUUAGUCGCAAUACGUGAUAGACGGAAUAAAGCGAUCUAUAUACGCUACAGUUCAUUGUCAUAAUUAAUAAUUUCGCUAAAUUGUCACUCUACUUUGGAAAUAUUAUAGAUUAGUCGAUAUGCGUCUCAAAAUAUAUUUACAAAAACAAUUAACACAUUUCACGCCGAACUGAUUUUAGUGACUUUUCACCACGUGAGUCGCUCGACAUUAUCGAGAUUAAUAGUUUCUGAUAGUUUGCUUAUAAUACUUUGCAUCGUGUAUAGAUCGCUUGUUUGUACUUUGCGUGACGCCGAAGUCAAAGAUGUUUGUAACAUUUACCGAGGCUGUGGGUCGUUUUAGCAUUUAUGAGAUGAGAGAAAGUAAGAGUGAGAGAGAGAGAAAGAGAGAGCGAGAGAGAGAGAGAGAGAGAAUGAGAGUGAGAAUGAGAGUGAGAAAGGAGAGAGCAUGUUAGAAUUGUACGUAGGUAGAGUAUUAAGAAUAGGAAGUCCAAGUCGUUUUGACUUCGGUGUGUCUUUCUUCGUCGUUAAUCUGUAUAAUUCAAACACCUAUUUUCCUUCUUCCCUAACAGAUAUUUCAUCUUAUUCUCCUUUUCGCUCCAUUUAUUCUCCUUCUUGGAUUUGCUUAUUUUCUGUUUUGUCGAUUCGACAAACUUUUCGCGCAUGCUGUGUUCUCUUAGUCAAGAAUCAGUAUGAAUGUUGGUGAGUACUAUAAGAAUUAUGUGAUAAAAAUUUAUAGAAUUGAAUUGAAUUGAAUUGAUUGCUGUUAUUCUCUAAAUUACCUCGGCCAUAUCCUGAAUCUUGUUUGUCUCGCUACGUGGCUAUGUGCUUCAAGUUCAAUAUGGCAGGAUGUGAUCUUGUGGAAAGAUUUUGAAACGAUCAUGUAGAGCGAAAAUGAUUUCUAGCAUUUUUUAAGAAUUAUUUUAUUCGAUUAUUUAAUUAAAAUUUCUUGAUUUUAAUAUCCCCGUUAUUUUUCCAUUUCUUACAGUGCUCACUACGGAUAUCGAAUCUUAAUCGAUUGUACGUAUAUUGAUUAUUUCGGUGAAGAGAAACACAUGUGUUUCAGUGUCAAGUUGGGAUUCGGAAACAAAUUCAAUUUCUUUUACGUAAUAUCUAGAAAAAUUUAUUUCCGUUAGGUUAACGCAGCAAAACGCAUGACAAGUAGAUGAAUGUUAUCAAUCUGACAGAAUUGAUUCACGCAGAAGCGGAUGAGCUCUUGUUUCGAAAUCCCGACGAAUCGAUCCGUGUAAAGUAUACCGACGAUUUUCCGUACGAGAUGUAAGUUAGCGGUAAAAGUGCCUACAUAUAUCGAUUCAUGAAUUCUACUUAUGUGAUUUUCUCGUAUGUACCCAAAAAGGUGUUUCAUUAUUUUUUUCUUUCUCGCGAAUAAUAAUCCUGUGUUAUUUUUGAUCACGAGAGGAUUGAGUCUGCUCGACGCCCCGCCAAAGAAAAAUGGGCCUCAGCAACUAAAGACUGACCAAGACCUGCAUUACACUAAAAAUUCUUGUAAGAGAUCACUUGCAUUAAAUAUAUUUGUACAUACCAUGUCUAUAGUUUAACAGAGAAUUUAUGCGGAAUAAAUGAUAUUUACCAUA